CAAAAGGAAAGGGAAAUCAUUGUAAAUCCCAUUCAGAGCCGUAUGCAUCCUUUUGGCAAAACGGAAAAAAGACACAUGAGUGUGCGUGUCGUGUUUUUACUUUUCUUUUCCUCAGCAUUCCCGGCUUGCUCGUCCUGUCUUCUCUGCAGAAUUCAGACAUCGAUUAGUCGAGGUUUACCUGAGUUUUUUUUUUUUUUUUUUUUUUUAACCACCUUUACACCUUUCCCACCGUCGGUAAAAAACAAACAAACAUACACACUAAAAAACAAAAAAACAAAAAAACAUAAAACGAAACGACUUUUAUGAAAACAUCGGCUGCUGCUCUAUUUUGACCUGGAGAUCUGGAGAUGAAGACAGAUUUUACGCUUUUCUGUCGGACUUGGAUUGGAAUUGCAUAUGCAUCAGGUCUGGUGAUUGGCUUUUCGAUGACCCCUCCCAUCCUCGACAGCCCUAAAGACGACCUAGUGAUUCCAGUCUAUGAAACACUGACUAUUACAUGCAGGGGACAGAGCGCUCUGGCUUGGGCGUGGCCUGACAAGACUCUGGAGGGUCAGGAGCUAAAUAACCGUCAGGCCCAGCUGCUGACCACCAGCGCCCCCCAGCAGAGGGUCGCCCAGGUCAGGGAGUGUCAGGGGCAGCCAGGCAGGCCCUACUGCAAGAGGCUGGUCCUGAAGGGGGCGCUGGCCAAGGACACGGGCUACUACCGCUGCUAUUACAAGGAUGUCAAGGCUGUCAUUGAUGGCACCACUGCCGUCAACAUUUAUGUUUUCAUCAGAGACCCUGAGCAGCCCUUCCUCAAGAGAGACAACUAUGGCGGGGGCAACGCCAAUGAUGUGGAGACACUUUUCAUCACACGCUUCUCCACGCAUUUCAUCGUGCCGUGUCUGGUCACAGUUCCUGAUCUGAAUGUCACUCUUUCAGCGUUUUCGACAGAUCUGGACGGAAGUAGGAUGACAUGGGACAACAAACGAGGGUGGUCGAUUCCCAGGCAAAUCAUUGACAGCGUGCCAAUGCUCAUGCUUUGGUGUACAGCCAGACUGGAAGGCAAAGAUUAUCAAUCUACCAGCUACCUGAUCCACACCACAGGAAGUCAGGUUUACAAUGUCAAGCUGUUUCCUGAGGAUCCAGUAGAGCUGAUAGUGGGGGAGACACUCACCCUGAACUGCACCGCGUCGGUGGAGUUCGACGCUGGGGUGGACAUAAAGUGGUCAUAUCCAGGCAAACAGUGGGACAGUUUGGUGAACAUCCAGCACCACCGUGAAGCGCUGUCUCAGGCUACCGAGGCGGUUAGCGUCUUGACCAUCCCCAGCGUUAAUGUGACAGACACCGGCCCCUACAGCUGCAACAUCACCAUCAUGGACACGACACAGAUGCAGCAGACACAGGUUACAGUGCAUGAAAAGCCAUUUAUCAGCCUUCACUACAGAAGUGGUCCGUUGUUGGAGGUAACCGCCGGCCAGAAGUCUUUUAAAUUACAUGUGAAUGUGUCUGCCUACCCCACUCCUGAAACACAAUGGUUUAAAGAUGGAAAACUGGUGAACCAGCGCCCAGAGUACAAGAUGAAAAGGAUGAGGAUGCACCUGAACCACGCUUUGGAGAUCAAGGAUGUCUGUCAGGAGGAUUCUGGGUUCUACACGGUGGUGCUGAGGAACGCUGCUGCUGGACUGGAGAAGAGACUGAACAUCACACUGGUCGUCAAUGUUCCCCCACAGAUUCAUGAGAAAGAGGUGGCAGAGCCGUCCAGUCCGUACCCCAGCGGCAGCAGCCAGACUUUAACAUGCACCGCCUUCGGUCUCCCUGCUCCCAGCAUCACCUGGCAGUGGAGGGCCUGGGGUCCAUGUGUCCUCAACAGCACAAUGGUCCGACGAGACAGGAAGGGCCGGAGUGACAGGAUCGCAGACUGUCAGAACUGGCAGGACAUUAGCUCAGAAAAUGCUGUGAAUGAAAUCGAGUCCAUUGAAACAUCGAUCGAAGUUGUGGAUGGGCGACAAAAGAUAGUUAGCAGGCUUCACAUUCACAACGCCAGUGUUUCCGUCAUGUACAAGUGUUCCGCCGAAAAUAAAGUGGGAAAAGACGAGCGGCUGAUCUACUUCUAUGUAACCACCAUCCCUGAGGGCUUCAGUGUGGAGGUGCAGCCCUCGGAGAAUCCCCUAGAGCAGGAGAGAGUAUCCUUGUGUUGCAGCGCCGACAACUACACGUACGAGCAGCUGCAGUGGUACCGCCUCGACCCCCAGGCCCUGCAGGAUGAGCAGGGCAAGCCCCAGGAGCUGGACUGCAGGAGUGUACAUCUCUUUGCCGACACGCUUGAUGGCCAGCUCUCCUUUCAGGCGCCAUCCAACAGCUGGGUCCUGGAUUACACCAUCCCCUCUAUCCAGCUGCAGGAUGAGGGUCAUUAUGUGUGCGAGGCUCAGAGCAGACGGAGUGGGGAAAAACAGUGCCUGUUUAGAUACAUCUCUGUCAAAGCUCUGGAGGCUCCUCGGUACAAGCGCAGUCUCACCAACCAGACGGUUAAUGUGACUGAGUCUCUGCGGAUGGAGUGCGACGUGGAGGGCAGACCUUUACCCCGGCUCUCAUGGUUUAAAGACAACCAGCCUCUUCACCAAAUGUCAGGGAUCCAGCUGCAGGACUCAAACCGCACACUGAGUAUCCAGCGGGUGAGAGAGGAGGAUGCUGGUCUUUACACCUGCAUCGCCUGCAACAAACGCGGUUGUGUCCACUCCACAGCUGCCGUCCAUGUCAUUGGUUCGAGUGACAGGGCAAACGUGGAGAUUGUAAUCCUCAUCGGGACUGGAGUGAUCGCUGUUUUCUUCUGGGCCUUGCUGAUCCUCAUCUUCUGUAAUGUGAAAAGGGUAAAUCCAGCAGACAUAAAGACAGGCUAUCUGUCAAUCAUUAUGGACCCAGGGGAGGUGCCCAUGGAUGAGCAGUGUGAAUAUCUGCCCUACGACUCCUCGCAAUGGGAGAUCUCUCGAGACCGACUCAGACUGGGAAAGGUCUUGGGCCAUGGUGCUUUUGGGAAAGUAAUUGAGGCAUCCAUCUACGGCAUCAGCAAAAGCAGUAGUUUGGACACUGUGGCUGUGAAGAUGCUGAAGGAGGGAGCCACAGCCAGUGAGCACAAAGCCUUAAUGUCAGAGUUAAAGAUCCUGAUCCACAUUGGUAACCACCUGAAUGUAGUGAACCUGUUAGGAGCCUGCACCAAACCAAAUGGUCCACUCAUGGUGAUCGUGGAGUACUGCAAAUAUGGGAAUCUGUCCAACUUCCUACGAGCCAAGAGAGAGUUCUUCCUCCCAUACAGGGACCGCUCUCCUAAAACACAGAGUCAGGUACGACGGAUGAUCGAGGCAGGUCAAAUGGAGCAGAGAACUCGCCACCCACCGCCUCGCUAUGAGCCCCUGAGCAACGCACGGUGUCCAACUUCCAACACAUCCGGUCAGAAUCCCGCUGUGGAGAAAAUGGAGGACUUGUGGAAAACUCCUUUGACAAUAGAAGAUCUAAUUUGCUACAGUUUCCAAGUGGCUCGUGGGAUGGAGUUCUUAGCAUCUAGAAAGUGUAUCCACAGAGACCUGGCAGCCCGGAACAUUCUCCUGUCAGAGAACAACAUUGUGAAGAUCUGUGACUUCGGUCUGGCCAGAGACAUAUACAAAGACCCCGACUACGUCAGGAAAGGCAAUGCUCGUCUGCCGUUGAAGUGGAUGGCUCCUGAGAGCAUCUUUGACAAAGUCUACACCAGCCAGAGUGACGUGUGGUCUUUUGGUGUUCUCCUGUGGGAAAUCUUUUCUCUGGGUGCAUCUCCGUACCCAGGAGUGCAGAUUGAUGAAGAUUUUUGCAAGAGAUUAAAAGACGGCGUCAGAAUGCGAGCACCAGAGACAGCCUCCCCUGAAAUAUAUGGGAUCAUGCUGGCCUGCUGGCAGGGUGAACCCAAAGAGAGACCCACAUUCCCUGCCCUAGUUCAGAUUUUGGGAGACCUGCUGCAGGACAACGGCCUUCCAGAUGGGAAGGACUACAUCCCCCUGAACCACUCACAAAGCUCAGAGGAUGACGGUUUCUCUCAGGCCUCAUCACGCCUUCCGUCUGAAGAAGAACUCCGACUGACCGCCAACACUCUGCCCUCCAGGUAUUACAACUGUGUGCCUUUUGCCGGUUGUGUAUUUGUGGGACCCUCAAAAUUAUGCCAGCCCACAGUGAAGACAUUUGACGAGUUGCCCCUGGAGAUGCACCGACAGAAAGCUCCUCAGGAUAAUCAGACGGACAGCGGGAUGGUUUUGGCCUCGGAGGAAUUCGAGAGAUUUGAACAUCGACAUAGGGGAGCCACGUCAAAAAGUCGUAUUAACAGCAGCAGCAGCACAGAGCCUCUCACAGCUUCCCAUGGUUCCCUGGGUCGAAGCAGCGGCACCGGCAGCUCCAGGCACCGUCCCAACUUCUUCAGCCAGCUGUCAGGACAGACCUUUUACAACAACGAGUACGGACACCUGUCCGAGGAGGGCUUCUGCGACUUCUUCUCCUCACCAGAUGCCCCCUGCUUAGCCUCGUCUAAUGUGUAAAUCUGACCAAAGACGCAGCCGGAGAGAAAGGCGAGGGUUAAAACCACAGACAGCUCAGGUCGUAGGAGGAGGGUAGGGGUCAGGUCAUUUGCUGGAUUGGCAAUUGAUAGUCAGUCGGUGAUGAAGAUCAGGUUUGAAAUAGAAGGGCCAGGAAGUUAUUCAUCUCAGCAUCCUUCCUUUGCAUCGUGGGGCUGCAGCCUCAAAAACUGGACUCAAAUAUACUGUAUGUGCCUUAAGUUCCUCUAACCAGCCACUGGGUGGCACCAUUAUGACAGAAACAGACCCUAACUAUUUUUUAUUUACACAUUUAUAUAUUUCUAUCUUUUAUAUACAGAGUAUUCUUCCUUUAUUUGUACAAACUAUGACUUAUACAGGAAGAAAUAAAGAAAUUUAUCUCAUUACUGUUUCUCUUUGAUUGUUUCAGGUGAAUCUGUCAUUGAAGUGCAGAAGUUAUGGCACAUUCACCAAUAAUGAUGGUAAUUGGUUAAAAUCAUGAAAUGAGAGAUAUUUGUGGCUCCGUGUAAUUUCACGGAGGUGGAGACACUUGGACACACGACACCAUGAACAAGGAAUAAGUGACGAAGGUAAACAGAGGGAUGUGGGGCGAAUAAAGGAAUGAGUCACACUAAGCACCUCUUAUCAGAGCUGUACGUAAGCAUGAUGACAGCUGUGACAGCUUAACACCCUCGACACGCUCACAUCACAAAUGACAACCUGCGCGCUGAUAACUGACUGCAGACUGAUGGAAAUGAC